GGCAGUUACUUGGCAGCACUUGUGAAACUUCAGAGAGAUAAGGUAUGCUAUUUAUGUGGUGAGGAUUUUAAGAAGAGUAAUGAAGAAAUCCAUUGGAAUGCGUUUAGAAAGUGUUGCCGUACUUUCAAGUUCGCAACACGGCUUUUGCUGCAGCUUUUCUUACUUGACAAACCUCUCAGUCCCAGGCGGUCAGUUGUAUCACUUUCCUGGACCCUGGCAAAACCGUAGACAAGGUUUAUAGUUCCACGUUGCCUAAGCGAAUAGAAACUCUUUGGUUUGCUGGCAAUCAACUUGCGUGAAUCAAUGAGCUCGGUUUUGGGUCAGUGCUGAAGUCACAUCUUGGAAGUCAAUACGUCAUCGAAUGAAUACCUUACGGCACACUCCUAACGUUACUGAAAAUAAAUUUCACAAGCAACUCUGCAUCAUGUUUCACCGGUAGGUGUUUAAAACGCAUUCUCAACUAAAAUUCAGUUUCCCUGUACAAUGGCUAAAGUAACCACAAUAGCUAAUGUCGUCCUCGUGUAAAUGAUUUGGAUGAGAUUGUAUCACAUAAGUUUAAAGCAAGCUAUUUGAAGAACUAGUAAUCUAUCAGUGAUAGUGACCUUGUAGUGGCGUAUGAAACCUCCAGCUACCUAACUUACAACUUACAUUUUCAAAUCGUCUGAUGCAUUCUUCGCACUCUGGCCAUGUUUGUAAGUUUCUGUUCAUCACAAGUUGUCUGAAUUCAGCUACCAAAUUUACUGGUCCUACAUUCAAUCUGAAGGACAUUUUAAUGUUGCUUUACAAAUGCCGGUUGUUACAAAAACGCUUCUGUUCAGGUCAAGAACGAAGCGUCGAUGUUUCCAAAAUUAGAAAACACCGUUUUUUUUUAUUAGGGCCAUAUCGUACUGGCCAAUCAGAAAACGACAAUUAGCGCUUUAUCUCACUCGCGCAAAAUAGGAAAUUACGUCCGUCGACUGGCACUCCUUAGUUUUUCUAGGUCAGUGAUGUUAUAAGUGGUUAGUCGCGUUGGUACUACCGGAAACGUGACUAGUUUCCUGUGAUUCGAUAUGCGCUGGUACCAGUCUAGUCUGCACCUCACCUUACUGAUAGAAAAGACAAAUAAGGAAACAGGUGUAAAUGGCUAAUGAUACUCGAAUGGAAAGUAUAUCAGUAUGCACUGAAGAAUUAUUUUGGGCAAAACGUUUCUAAAUUCUUUUUGGUUAAACUUCGUACUUUGAUGACGCAGCUGUUAACUAGCACGUGACGGACGCAAAACGACACUCGUAUAACGACUAUAGGAUGACAACUUAAAGGGGCAUUUACCGCAAAGAUGAUUGCGAAAUUGCAAGAUGAGCCGAAGUCAUCUUUGAAAGUGAUGAUGAACAGUAUCUUGAAACCUGAUCUGGGCAUGCAGUUUACCAUGCUUGGAACUUCAAGAAAGGCUGGGAUCAUCAACUUAAAUUUUUAUAAAAUCAUGAGGUCUGUUAUCACAUCCAAAUUCUCAGGGCCACUCGUAUCUCAUCGGGAAAUUGAAGACAUCAUGGAUGCAACUACCAAGUCUUACUUCCACAAUGUACGGGACAAGGUGGUUAGGCGUGUUAAGCCGAAAGCAUUAUGAGUUAAUUUGUACUUUUCCACGUUUACAGCCGAUAACUGUCAUCAGUAUUGAAGAACAUACGGAGCCGGUAGGUUUGGGGUUUAUGUUGCAAUCAUAUUUGAAAACGUUAUCAAAAUCGCUUGGUACUAAUUUACACUUCUUUUAGAAAGCCGAUGACAGCGAAACAGAAAACUACUAAGACGUGAAAACUGAAAUCAAUUAUUUGUAAUCAAUUUCCAAAAAUAUAAAUUUCCUAAUUUCACGUGUACUUUUGCCUUUCUCUGAGGAAUGUUUGAAAGCCAUGCGAUAUGUUGCGUAAAUAAAUCAGGGAAUGCUGAAAUUUCGCGUCCAUAAAGCGUUGAGUGCCGAAAUAGUGCUUAAUUUAGGUCGUAAUAAUGCCUUAAUAAAGCGGUCAACGCGGAAAAAGUGCGGAAAUAAGGCUGGUAUUCAGCGUAAGUAAAGCGGUCAUUGCUUAAAUUGAGUGAAUAGCCAGAAUAAUCCGAUCGAUAGGUUAGGGGUAGGAAAUUAUUACAAAUUAUUCCCUGACCCGCGGAAAUAAUGCUGAAAUUAUACGUAAAUGCAGCGGCGGGUGCUGCAAAAACGGGAAUUGUGCGGAAAUAAAGCGGGAUCUACGCAUGCACGCUGAAAUUAUUCUGCAAGUGCCUAAAUUAUGCGGGUAGUCCGUAAAAAUCCGCUUAAUUGUCGCAUUUCGGCAUUAUUUCCGCAUUCAUAUGCUAUGCAUUGACACGCCUUAUUUCAGCAUUCAUGUUUGACUGAGUACUAGGCUAAAAUUUCGAUAUAAUUUUCGUUUGUUUAUUUUAAACAUAGUAUUAUUUUGGUGCAUUACGAUCUCACCGUUAUACCAUAACAAGGUUAUUUGAGUGAAUGACGGUGAUAAUGACAACUUUCUUCUAAAUGGGGUCUCUGAUGCGGUCUGAAAUUCUUGUUGAGCUCUAUUGAAAUGAAGACUGACUCUCAUAUUGCAUUUCCUCUGAUGAUAAUUGUUGGUAAUUAAUUUUCGGCAUGAUUCUGGUUAGUGGUUUAUUAAGGAUCGGGAAAUUGGAAUUGCUCUUAGCUUAUAUCAUUGGAUAAUGUAUACUUGUGUGCUUCUAUUCUCGUGUACAUGAUUGAUGCGGAACUUUUGACUUGAAGUAUUUUCUUAAGUUGAUAUGCAUACUAGAUGUGGUUGAGCUGAAUUUCAUAUUCAGGCACUCGAGGAUACUUAAUUAUUUGAUUACUCAUUUUCCCCAUUUAGAAGGGAGGCAGUGGGUUUUGAGAGCAUAGAGGUC